GUGAUUAAAGAACUAAAAUAAACCAAAUAAUGAUUUGUAGAAUAUGUUUGGAAAAAUCGCAAAACACAAUGGCAAUUUUUGCUGAGGGAAACAAGCAUUUAAAAAUUGCUGAAAUUGUUACGAAGCAUCUUUGUUUAAAGCCUCUUCCAGAUGACACUAUAUCUACAGCAAUAUGUGAAGUCUGUUGGUUGAAAAUAUGUGAUUUUCAUAGAUUUUUUGAAUCUGUACAAAAUGUCCAAAGCAGCUAUCUCUUGCAUUUAGAAAGUAACACAGCCAAUGUUGAAGGAAUGUUAUUAAACAUUAAAGUGGAAAUAGACGAUAAGCUGCAAGAACAGGUAAUGGAAAUAGAGAAACCUUGCCUUGAAACCAACAUCGCAAAUAGCAUAGAGGAGCAAAAGAACCCUUUAGAUGAUUGUGAAUUGAAAUCAAAAGACGAUCUAAGUGACGCUUCAAAUGACUUAAAUUUACUGAACGCUGGUGAAACUGAUUCAUCUUCCGAUGGAGAAUGUUUAGCAGUGCUAAAAGGCAGCAAUAGAUUAUCAAGAAAAAAAGGAAGCCGAAAGUCUUUCAAACGAAACAAGAAGCCUUCGACAGAAACUAAACCAAAAACAACCAAACUUAAGACAGAUCAAACACUUAUAGAGAACUUGAUAAACAAGCAUAUUCCCAUGGCAUGCAGUUUAUGCGUUUUUAUGGGACAAAAAUUUUCCGAUAUUGUACAACAUUUUCGAAGUAUUCAUCCUAAACAGAAACCUUUUGUUAUGUGUUGUGAACGUAAAUUGUCUAAGCGUUACUAUUUAAGUCAGCACGCUUUGAAGCAUGAGAAUCCAGAACACUUCAAAUGUCACGAGUGCCAAAAAACCUUUUCCAGUAACAGAGGUUUACGAGCCCAUAAUUUAGCUUACCAUGCAUCAGAGGAGCAAAAGCUUUACGCCUGCGCAAUAUGCCCGCAAAGAUUCGCUACAAAACAUUUACUAGAUUUACAUCAUCCGGCGCAUAUAUCGCGAGAGGAAAGAAGUUUUUUUUGUACCAAAUGUCCAACAAAGAGGGCUUUUGCUAGCGAAUACCUUUUAGCGAUACAUAAUAGCAUGAGGCAUAAUAGAGAAACAAAUGUUUGUCAUGUCUGCGCAAAGGCAAUACGCGAUAAACGAUCUUUUGAAAAGCAUGUACGUUUGCAUUUCGAAGACAGCGGGCCUCGUGUUAAGUGCCCCUAUCCGGAUUGCGAGAGUUGGCUUAAAGACGAAGAAAAUUUGAAACUGCACCUUAAACAUCAUAACCCAGAGGGAAUAAUAUACAAAUGCACGGAAUGUGGCAAAUCAUGUAAGAGUCGCGUAGCUUUGGCUAGUCACAAAAGGUACAGUCAUUCAAAUGAAACGUUUCCUUGCGAGCAAUGUGGGAAAACUUUCAAAAAAGCGUUAACCCUGAAGGAACAUAUGGCUCAGCACACGGGUGAAACAUUAUAUAAAUGUCCCUUCUGCACAAGAACAUUCAACUCGAACGCUAACAUGCACGCGCAUAAAAAGAAAAUGCAUCCAAAAGAAUGGGAUGAGUGGCGAAAAUCGAAACGAGGCAGCUCUCAAUUAUUGAUCAGCCAUAGCAGUAGUAUAUUUUAAUAAUAAUAACAAAAAUUAAUCAUAAUGUUUAUAAACAAUUGUAUCUACGUACAGCCAAGGAGAUUAUAAGUAAUUCGGAUUCAGUACAAAAUAAGUAAUAAGCUAGAGCAGAAUUAAAAAUGAUUUUAAAUGCUUUACAAUUUAUUUUUCAAUUACAACUUUUGACUCCAUUUAGUUAUACAAGCUUGUCUCUUCUUGAAAUUGGUGAGUGCGUAAAUAUUGAGUAAGAAAAUUGAAACUUGAAUUUAUCUGUUUUUGCUUUCAACAAGACAAAUCAGUACAACAAAGGAAAGACCUGACAUACCUCGCACAUAUUCGCAGAAAACAACAACUGCUACUCCGCUAUUAAUUUCAUCAUUAACUAGCUUACAACUAUCAAAAAUUAUAAUUAUUGAAAAGCCAGAGCAAAUAUUAAUGUAACUGUUCAGUUGUAACAGGUAGAAAAUAUUUAUUCGAAUAUUUACUAAGUUUAUAUAAACGUUUGAUGGUUGUUCUCACAACUGGACCAACAUGCAAUAAUUUAUGAUUUUAGAUAUUCGCUUGAAAUGUUGAACACCCAAGACAAACUUUAAUGUUACAUGAUUAUGACUUUCUUACCUGUUUUGUAUAUGAACCAAUAAAAACUCGUUCGCUCGUUUCUUUUUAUUAUAAGCAAAGUAAAUGUAUAAAAUCGAUUAUAUUUAAAUUUUUAAAUUCUAAGUUCACAAAUGUUAUG